AAAACAAGGAACUGGUGGACAUCUCUGCCAAAUUUCCGGUUGGAUUUUCCCCAUCUUACAGCACCUCGCAGGUCUCUUCUCUGAGCAGUACAGUGCCUGAGUGAGUGGAAACAUACAGAUCAGCUGCAGGUUUCUGUCUACAAAAACAGAGUGAAAGAGAAAGAAAAGGGUUGGGAAAGCAGAGACAAAUAUUGACCUGGACUUAUAGAAAGACGUCCAAUGGCUGAAUAAAGAACCCCCGUUCAUGUUUUGGGAUAUUCUUUCAACUGACUGGAUCGAGAGCAGAUCAAAAGAAUGGGAAAUGCCAGCAGACCCUUUAGAAGAAUUGCUUAUUUCUUAUGCCUUUUAUCUGUGCUUUUGCUGACUGAAGGGAAGAAACCAGUGAAGCCAAAAUGUCCUGCCUGGUGUACUUGUACCAAAGAUAAUGCUUUAUGUGAAAAUGCCAGAUCUAUUCCUCGCAGCGUUCCGCCUGAUGUUAUCUCACUAUCCUUUGUGAGAUCUGCUUUUACUAAAAUCCCAGAAGGGAGUUUUUUGCUCACACCAUCUCUGCAGCUUCUGUUGUUUACAUCAAACACAUUUGAUGCUAUUAGUGAUGAUGCUUUCAUGGGCCUUCCUCAUCUAGAAUAUUUGUUCAUAGAGAACAACAGCAUUAAGUCAAUUUCAAGAAAUACUUUCAGAGGACUGAAAUCUUUAAUUCACCUGAGUCUUGCAAAUAACAAUCUCCAAACACUUCCAAAAGACAUCUUCAAAGGCUUGGAUUCUUUAACAAAUGUGGAUCUUAGAGGAAACGCGUUUAAUUGUGACUGCAAACUGAAGUGGUUAGUGGAGUGGCUGGGUAGCACCAAUGCAACAGUUGAAGACAUUUACUGUGAAAGCCCACCGGAAUAUAAGAAGCGCAAAAUCAAUACCCUCUCUCCAAAAGAAUUUGAUUGUAUUAUUACAGAAUUUGAAGUUUAUCAGUCCCUGCCAUAUCAAUCUCUGUCAGUGGACACUUUCUCAUAUAUGAACGAUGAGCAUGUGGUUAUUGCCCAACCUUUUACUGGAAAAUGCAUCUUUCUUGAAUGGGACCAUGUAGAAGUGAUGUUCAGGAACUAUGACAACAUUACAGGUACUUCAACUGUUGUGUGUAAACCUAUAGUUAUUGAGAGUCAGCUGUAUGUCAUUGUCGCGCAGCUGUUUGGAGGCUCCCACAUAUAUAAAAGAGAUAUUUUUGCUAAUAAGUUUAUAAAAAUUCAAGAUAUUGAAAUCCUUAAAAUCCGAAAACCCAAUGACAUUGAAACUUUCAGGAUUGCUGAAGACUGGUAUUUUGUUGUUGCAGACAGUUCAAAAGCUGGUUUCACCACGGUUUACAAAUGGAAUGGGAAUGGAUUUUAUUCCCAUCAGUCUCUGCAUGCCUGGUACAGAGAUACUGAUGUGGAGUAUCUUGAAAUAUCCGGCAAACCGCAUUUAAUUCUGUCAAGUAGUUCCCAAAGACCUGUAAUAUAUCAAUGGAACAAAGGAACAAAUGAAUUUGUUAAGCGUUUUGAUAUCCAAGAUAUGGAAGAUGCGUAUGCAGUAAAACAUUUCAAAGUGAAAGAGGAUGUGUACAUUUGUUUAACAAGAUUUAUUGGGGACUCUAAAGUAAUGAAAUGGGGUGGUUCAGCAUUCAUGGAUUUACAGAGGAUGCCAUCUCGAGGGUCAAUGGUAUUCCAACCACUUCAGAUAAGUAAUUAUCAAUAUGCCAUUCUUGGAAGUGAUUAUUCUUUCACUCAAGUCUAUUAUUGGGAUGCUGAAAAAGCAAAAUUUAUGAAGUUUCAAGAAUUAAACGUACAGGCACCAAGAUCUUUCAUACAUGUCUCCAUCGAUAAACGAGAUUUUCUCUUUGCUUCAAGUUUUAAGGGAACUACAUUGAUUUAUAAACAUGUCAUAGUUGACUUAAGCGCAUGACACUCAUAAUUCUGAGAUUACAUCAGACUUUCUACCAUAAGUGGACAAAAUGAACUAAAUGCAUGAUGACUCUCUUAUCUUACUUCCAAAUGAAUGCCUUUAAAAAGUUGAGAUUGCUAGAACAAAGUAUUACUAGUAUCUUCAUCUUUAAUUGUCAAGUCUAGUAGUGUUGGAAGUUGCAUUUUUUAACAAAAAGAAAUUAACUUAACUGUUCUUUGCAUCCACAAUAUGUAAAUACUUGUGCAACUGCAUCUGUUGCUAUAAAGAAUAUUAAGAUGUACUUUUCCAUUUAUUUAUUCACCUGUUUGAAACAACUGCCAAAUAAAAUGUUUACAUUUUGUGUCUUUCACAUUCCAAAUAUUAUUUGCAGAAGAUACUUUUUAUUUGUGUAUAUAUUAUACACAUAUAAAAUAAACCCAAGCAGGCAUAUUGCAGUGUUGUACUGCAUGGAAGAAGCACAAUAUUGAAACACAGCAUUUAACCCCAGUUCUAUGAGCAAUCACCAGGGCAGAUCCUUGAAUUUAUGUGGUGCUUCAGUGGUUUAAGCAGCACACCUGCCUGUAAAAGGGUUCAGUUAUAUCUCCUUACAGGAUGGGGCUGUGUAUUGUGUGUUGUUGGAAGUGCUUGGUUUUGUUUUGCUCUCUAAUUUAUGAAAGAAGUAACAGAAUAAAUGCUGAUAUAAAGGCCUUUCUCCACUUCAUGCUGAAGCAGCACAAACCAAAUGUCUGGUAUGACACUUGGGCCGUUACUGCUAAAGCUAGAAACUUAUUUCGGCUAGCAUAAUUCCAAUAUCUGAACCAUUAAACACCACUUGCAUGAAUUCUUUGUACCUCUAUCAAGUCUGUCUACUGUAAGUGCAAUUAUUUAAUCUUCAGUGAUUUUUUACAUUCUUAUGAAUGAGGCUACUGAAAGUCAAGUAAUUUUUUCCACUAUUGAGCAAUGAUGUUUGGUAACAUACUUUUGAAUAGAAUAGAAAUCCAGGAAAUUUUGAGUGUGGCAGGACAAAUUCAGCUAGUGUAGCAUAUGUAACUCUUGUGAAGCUACCUAUGGCUGUUAAAUUACAGCAAUUAUGAAUCUGGCAUAAAAAUCUAUUAAAAGCUCAAAGUUGAAAUAGUCUUUUUCAUACAUAUAGAUGUAUAGUGCAUCAGUCAUCAGACACCAGCACUUGCUACUGAAGAUCAUUUGCUGCAGCUCAAAAAGAGAGCAUAGAAGGAGUUCAGACGCCUGUGCACUUCCUCUGAUAGGAGGUUAUCAAACUUAGUAUUUGAAUGCCAUCUUUAAAUUAUUCACGAGUGUCAUGUAUGUUCAUACACAUUUCUAACUUUCACAGUAGGGACAUUUCGAUUGGCAAAUAAGACUUUUCAUUCUGUGAGUGUCUCAGCUACUCACUCAAGGUGGGCCUCCAAGCUGGGUCCCUGGGGCUCCCUGAAUUCAGAGGUUCCCAAAUGGCAAAGCAGUUUCAGCCUUGGUCAUUUUUCUUUUAUCUGUUAGUGCUGCUGAGAGCACCUCUGAGUACAGCAGAAAGGCAGUAUUAAGAAAAAUAACAGUUAAGAGAUAUUUUAAGAAGCCAAUUCUAAACUGUAUGGCUCUAGUAAGGAAUUUAAUCUUUUACAUCGUAUUUGAUUUUAAAAGUAAGAAAAAACUUCUGUAAGUUAAGAUGCACUGGAAAUGUGAAUUUUUAGUGCCUUUUUCUCCACAGCUGCCUAUGCUCUGUUCAGUAUUUGAUUUAACUAGCUAUUUCAUAUAGACUCGCAGUAUGACUAGAGAUGAAAUUAACAAAUAAUUUGUCCAAAUAUCAUCUCUAUAAGCGAUCAGUAGCUUGACAGGUUUUCUUUAUAGAUUUUUAGCUUUUAUAUCGGUGUGACUUCAACUUCUAGAUGAAUCCAGCUAAUCUCUUCCAGUAUUUCUGAAUUUUGCCUGCACAAGUGUGAUUGACAAUUUAGUUCAUCUAUCUCUUCUUCAAUCCAUCUUAAAUGGCAAAAGAAUGAAAUAGAUCAUGAAAUGAUUUAUCAGUAAGUCAUGCAGUGUUUUCUGCUUCAUCUUAUCUUUUAUUUUAAUCUCUUACUCAAGAGCCUAUUGAAUUAUGUACGUUGAUUUUGAUCUAAUUUCUCCCAUUUUACUUGCCUACAUGCACUUUCUAUGAAAAUAUAUAAAUAAAAGAUAUGUAUCCUUCUCAUUAUGCGCAGAUUAUGGACAUAUGGCAGAGUUUAAGUGAAACUGGUUAACUUGCUAAUCUGCUACCCACCUUUUAUUUAACAGCAUAGCAUCUUUCAAACACUGUAUGCCAAUACAAUGCUUCAUGACGAUACCUUUAGAAAGUUAUGUUUCAUGGCACUUUAUUUCAAAGCCAAGCAACUUCAGCUCCAAUGCUAAAGUUGCUAAAAUUAUUAUCUUGAGUUAACUUUUUUCUGAGUUAGGAGAAUUCAUUGUUACUCUUAGGUUUAAAGAACGAAAAAGCUUAGUGUGAUUUGCUAGAACUUGUAAUUGAAAGUAAAGCUGAAUUCAACCUGUAAAACUGGCUAUGGUACAGUCUAGGGUGUUAUAGCUUUAGUCUGUUGGGAUAACCUACUGAAGUGUGCAGCUGUGUUAACAGUUUGGCUCUUCCUUCAGGCCCUAGUCAGGCACAAAUACUUUGGGAAUUUCUUUAUGCCUAUGUAGUUUUUGAAAUGGCCAACUAGUCACUAUAAAAUGCUGAAGCUAAAUUGUUCUUGGAAAAUCACUUUCUGUAGUCAAUUUAUAUGAGCCUGAGUUUCACAGGCAUGCCAGUCAGUUUAUUAUUGUGUAAAUGUAGCAUUUCAUUGCACCGCAUAAGGACUUAGGAUAUUUUUAGAACAGAACUCACGACAGUCAAACAAUUCCUAAUGAAGAAGAGAGUACAGGCUCACCAGGUAACUCCCUAUGU